AUGUCAAUAAAGAAUGGUUAUACUAUUUCUCAAGUUCCUCCUAUAGACAUCGAUGCUAAAAGGGAAUAUGAGCACAAUGCUAAAGCUAAGAAUGUAAUCUUAAGUGUUAUGUCUAAUACCAAGUUUGUCAAAGUCAUGCACUUCACAUCAGCAAAAGAAACUUGUGACAAGUUGCAAAGGAUUAAUGAAGAAGAUAUUAAGGUAAAGGAAGCAAAGCUACAAAAUCUUAUAACUCAAUUUGAAGGUUUGAAAAUGAAAGAGGAAGAAAAGAUUGCUAAUUAUCUUCAAAGAGUGUAUGAAAUAGUAAAUGUUAUAAGAGGACUUGGAGAGGAUCUUACAGAUGAAUUAAUUAUCAAAAAGGUGCUAAGAUCAUUGAUUACUAAGUAUGAUACAAAAGUCUCAACCAUAGAAGAAGCAAAAGACUUAAAAACUUUCUCCAUGGAUGAGUUAUUUGGAUCCGUGUUAGCUUAUGAAAUGAGAACAAUAAGUGGUGAAAAUUCAAAGAGAGAGGUUGACUUAAAUUCAACUAAGAAAUGGAAAGAAGAAGCUAUAAAUGUGGAAGAAGAUGACUCAAAUGAUGUUGAAGCUAACUUUGUUAGAAAAUUGAAGCAAGGGUCAGGCAAGUAUAGAGGAAAGCUACCUUUCAAAUUCUUUGACUACGGUAAAAUAAGAUAUUUUGUUGCUAAUUGUCCCUAUAAGAAGAAGGAAGAUAAUAAUGUGGAAGGAGUUAAGACAAAACUAAAAAAAUUUAUCAACCUAAGAGAAGGAAUUUUAGAAAGAAGAAUAGACUCUAUAUUAUUGAAAGUGAUGCUACUGAUGAAGAAAGUAAAUCCGAAGCGGGCUGCAGUAAGAAUGAAAGAGAAGUGA